CCAAGGACUGGGAGGUUACUUCGCAACAUUAGCUGUUGUUGUCCCGCAGGAGCUCACGGUAUAUCUCACUCAUCUCUUGAUACAUUCCCUUCGCCAAUAUGGCGAGGGGGUUUUCCUGUCUCUUUAUAUCGUGAUCUUUCUGGAUUCGCUUCUUCUUUCACAAUUCACAAUCCAAAUUCUCUUCCUCCUCCUCCUCACCGGAUAUGUCUACAUCGGGCGCAAGCAUCGCCGACAUUCACGGCACGGAUAGGCAGAACAUAAGACAUAGCUCAACACCAUCCAAAAUCGUUAUCUCUGCAGAUGAGCGAUUUGCAGCCGGAUUGACUGUCGGUCACCACCAGCUCACUCUUCACAUCUGGGAUUUGACUGAUACUGCAACAAAAGAUGUGGCCUUUGAAAAAAUUCCCCCAAAAGCAAGGAACGCCUUCCCUAUUACAACAUAUUCGAACGACACCUUGCUGGAUUUGACCAUUUCGAGCGACGGAUCCAUUCUAGCAGUGUUCGAGAUUCCAACCGAUCAAGAGAAAUGGAAAGCCGAGACAGAAUUGAGAAGAGGAAACUUUUCUUGCCGCUUCUUCAAAUACAACACUACUUUCAUACCGGUGGAAAACAAGGAGGCUGCUGUAAUUAAGGAUUUCAAGGUCAACUUGGCACCGGAACUCGAAACAUUUAUCGGUUUUGCUCGCCUUCAGUGUAAGGCUCCUGGACUGUCUAUCUCUACUACCGAUCAAGAACAUGUCUUUGUUGCCUGCGAUGGUCUCUCAAUAGCCGUGUACGACCUUCAGGCACCCAACCGCUCGGAUUCAUGCCUCUACUCCCUUAGCCUUCAGGAAAUCUCAGUCAGGAGCACACCACCUAAUUAUGUUGCAGUCCAUGUUUCUCGUCGAGAUGCGUGCAAGAUGCUCAUGGAGUCUAUGCACGAUUCUUUAUGUCUCUGGAACAACAGUUGCGGCAUCUCCUCGGUUUGGAACUGGCGUAAUGGCAGUCUUCAAUCAUACCUACGUACUCGGUCAGCCGACCUUGAGGCUGAUAAUAAACCAAUCGGACGGCACGCUUGCUUCUCGAGAGAUGGCUCCGUCGUUGUGUUUUCCGAGCUUCGUUUUCUGGUUACAUUCUUUACUGAUUCGGGAUUGAAACUUGGAUACAAGCAGCUGGAUGGAAAGGUCGGGGGAUUGCACUACAUGGAUAGUGGCCGAACCUUUGCCGUAAUCGAUCCUUCCCUCCAGAUCCUGGACAUUGCAAACCUGGACAUGUGCAUUGCCGUAACUCAUAUGACAUGCUGGGAUACAAGUACAUUAUAUCUCGACCUGACCAUGUAACAGACGACCGCGGCCCAUGUGGAAAAGGUUGUUCAUUCUCUGCAUUGUCGCCCUCGACUGCGGCGUGUUUGUUGGAUCUGCAGUGUUCGAGCCCCGUUUCAAGUUCAGAUAUCCCA